AGAGACAGGGGAGGCGGAGGAAGAGCUCCGAUGAUGAAUCAGGAGAACACAUUUGUCCCUGAAAUGAAACAAAUCCGGGUUUGAAAGUGACAGCGAUGUGGGAUGUUGUUUGUUUUUAUUUUUGUGUUUGAUUCAUUUGGAGCAGAUGAGAUGACAAACAUGUGAAAAUGAAAGCUCUGUGUGAGAGAGAGAGAGAGAGAGAGAGAGAGAGAAUGAAUGAACAGAGCGACUCAUUGCGUCGGGGGGAAUCACCUUUGUGAUAAAGUGUCUCCAGCCUGUUUCAGCUUCUCUGCCCAGAGAGUGAGCGUCUGACUUGGAUGGAGGGAAACGGAGAGAAAGACAGCAUGAUGGCGGAACCUUCAGACAGUCAGGAGUUUGCAGAGCUCUGGCUGCAGAACCUCAUAGUUCCUGAUGACCGCUCAUGGGAAAAUGAAGAGCCCAUUCCUGAGGACCUACAGGACUGCGAGCUUUUGUUCAGGGACAUGUUACAGCCGCAGUCCUCAUCAUCUCCUCCGACCUCCACCGUCCCCGUCAUCUCUGAUUACCCCGGACUCCACAAUUUCACACUGCACUUCCAGGAGUCCAGUACGGCCAAGUCUGUCACCUGCACGUACUCGCCGGAGCUGAAUAAACUGUUCUGUCAGUUGGCGAAGACGUGUCCUGUGCUGAUGGCAGUGAGUUCUUCUCCCCCGCUGGGUUCGGUGCUCAGAGCCACUGCCGUGUACAAGAAAUCGGAACACGUGGCUGAGGUGGUGCGCCGCUGUCCUCACCACGAGAGGAGUAAUGACAGCAAUGAGGGCCCAGCUCCUCCUGGUCACCUGAUCCGUGUGGAAGGGAAUUCCAGAGCGGUUUAUCAGGAAGAUGGGAACACACAGCGCCACAGUGUGGUGGUGCCCUAUGAACCCCCUCAGGUGGGAUCAGAGUGCACCACUGUGCUGUAUAACUACAUGUGUAACAGCAGCUGCAUGGGGGGAAUGAACCGACGCCCCAUCCUCACCAUCAUCACACUGGAAACCCAGGACGGUCAGCUGUUGGGCCGGCGAACAUUUGAAGUGCGUGUGUGUGCGUGUCCUGGGCGUGACAGGAAAACUGAAGAGAACAACUUCAGGAAACAGCAGGAACCCAAGACCUCCAGCAAAACCCUCACCAAGCGCAGUAUGAAGGAUCCUCCCUCUCACCCUGAGGCCAGUAAGAAAUCUAAGAACAGCAGCAGUGAUGAUGAGAUUUACACACUGCAGGUGCGUGGGAGAGAGCGCUAUGAAUUUCUGAAGAAGAUUAAUGAUGGUCUGGAGCUCAGUGACCUGGUGCCCCCUGCUGACCAGGAGAAGUAUCGACAGAAACUUUUGUCUAAAACCUGCAGGAAGGAGAGAGACGGAGCUGCAGCGGAGCCGAAACGAGGGAAGAAACGACUGGUGAAGGAGGAGAAGAGCGACUCAGACUGAGAGACGGGGGGAGAGAGAGAUGGGGGUUCCAUUUACUCAUCUUUCUGUCCAAAGGGAAAAAAAAAUGUGUGUGUGUGAAGGUUCAGCCUUCAUUUCCUGAGUGAAGUUUACAUUAGAGACACCCACAGUUCAGCUGCUGCUCAGAGUGAAGGUGGAAUUAGCGGACAGGCUAAUGCUAAACUGAUGGCCACACACUUCCAUUACCUGUUAGUGACAUUAGCGCUGUAGCUCCACUUUAAAUGUAAAGGAGCAGGAGACCGUUAUUCUCACAUUCAGGUUAAUUCUACAUCACCAUCAACUCCUGACCUGUUUUACACACACACACUCUUUCCUCACCCUCACACUCUGAGAUUGAAACACUGCCCACCCGUUCACCCUCCUGCUGAUGGUUCUACUGAACCAUGUUGCUGUAAUCCAAUCGUCAGUGCUCUCUCUCUCUCUCUCUCUCUCUCUCUCUCCACCCAGUGCAUUAGAUCGAGACUCGGUUCUCUGACCGUCACCGGUUUGUUACGGUUUCAUCGCUGUUUUAUAUCGUGGCUGAAACCCUGUGCGUGUGAGGUCAGUAAACGGUUCACGUUCUCCAUCAUCACUGACCAGCACGACCUGCACCUGAUUGGUCGAGUUAUGAUCUUCAACACUUCUGAUUGGUUGGUUGGCAGUAACACGUCACUGAUUAUUUUUGUUAAACACUUGAUCUGUGUAUUUUAAUGGUGCAUGAAAUAAAAUCUCACUCAGGGCACCUGAUAAUCUUGACUUUAAAACAUUUUUUACUUUUUUUCUCUUUGUGAAAUUUUCACUCACUAAUCUUUGUUUUAUUUCAUAUUGCAGUCAUUUCUCAUUUUAUACACAGUUUUAUACACGUAGUUUAGAUGAGUUCUACUCUUUUACAAAAAACUCCAAAGCAUAAUAAAAUUUCUUAAAUUUUCUUAAAA